AAAAAUUCCUAAGUCAUCCUUUCAAUUUCUGCAAGCUUUUUGUGAUUCCUCUUUUAAAAACCCAAAAAUAUCGUUGUUCUUUUUCCUUUUCAAUCUCAAAUCUUAAAACCCAGAAUAUCUAGCUAAUUUUUGUUGUUUUCUCUCAUUUAUAGAAUUUGCAUAUACAAUCCGCAGGGCAAAUCGUGUUUUGAUAAUCGGACUGGAAACGGAUGCCCAUUCUGAGGAACGGAGGUCCUUUACUGCUGCCGGGAGGAUGAUUGCCGAGUGUCCGGUCCAUCGGAAUAGAGUUUAUGGUGUGCUUGCAAAAGCUUGGGCUGAUCGUAAGGAUUUCCAGGUAAAUGAAGUUGAAGAAAACCUUUAUGCUAUCUCUUUUCAUUCUGAAUCUGACCUGAUGUAUGUUCUGGAAAAUGCUCCAUGGUCUGUUGGAGGGUUUUUGUUCAAUGUUAAACGAUGGGAUCUUCGUAUGUCUUUGGCUGAAAUUGACUUCUCACUAGAAUCUUAUUGGAUACAAGUUCACGGUCUGGAUUUUGAUGAAUUGACCUAUAAUAGUGCUGUUACUAUAGGCAGUAGUCUGGAGAUUUUAAUCAAAGCCGAGAACCCUAUAGUUAACAAUGUUUUAUUUAGGGGUCACUUAGAUUCUGUGUGCGGAGAAGAGAUGGUCAUGUCUUUGAAGGAUCCAAACCAACCUAUGUAUAGUAAAAGGCUGAGAACUGCACAGGCGAGAGAGACUAACCGGACCCCAGAAAGAAUCCUAAGCUCAAACUUGUCUUCUAGCUGUUCUCCACCUAAGGAAAAUAAACAUUUAAAUAUUGAAUACAUUGGUAGUAGCAGUAGUGGUUUGGUGGCUGGUAAUUCAAUGAGUAAGAAUCCUCUUAACACUGUUAACCUGGAUAUCAUUCCUGUUAAUGAAUCUCUAUUUGGUAAUUCAAAAAGGGAGGAGGUAGUAGCCCAAGAAGGAUUUGAAUGAACCCUAGUCCCAGGAGUAAUUCCUUCCUUGCUUUUCUUCAUCUGCAAGCUUAGCAGCUCUCCUUUGUGGUGUUAUUUCAAGUGUUUUGUUUCUGUGUUACUGUUUUUUCUCAUGCUUUGUGUUUUGAUGGUCUAUAAGCUAGCUUUUAUUUCUGGUUAAUAUAGUAGUUAUGUUUUA